GGACUCGGCGGCGGCGGCGGCUGGAGGGCGGGGAGUGGACAACGACAGCACGCUUAGUCAGGAUCGAACCCAAGUCUCGGGUCGGCCCGAGAGGAGCAGCAAUGUCGGCACACAGUGCCUGGAGCAGCCUGACCACAACACAGAAGGUGCUGCUGGCUGUCGGCCUUCCAGCAGGUGCUGCCAUGGCCUACGUGUUUUACAGGAGAUACAGCGAGAGCCUGGGUGAGCACUGCGUGCUAGUGGGUGACAAUCAGAUCGCCGUGGACAUGAAGGUUCCUCGUGACAGCGUGAAGCUGAUCAUCGGCCGGCAGGGCACUACGAUCCAACAGCUGCGGAGGGAGACGGGAGCCCGCAUCGACAUGGAGGGCGGCGAGGAGUGGGCCGACGAGGGGGGAGCGGCCGAGAGGAAGCUGACGAUCGUGGGGGCCCCCGUGCAAGUGUGCAAGGCCAGGGCGGCCAUUCGCCAGCUGCUAGCCCAUGGAGCCAGGGUCACCGAGGAGCUGCACGUCCCCCCUCACACAGUGGGACGCAUCAUAGGCCAUGGUGGAGAGUCGAUACGUGCCAUGUGCCGGGCCACGGGCGCGAGGAUCGUGUGUGAAAAGCACCCAGGUGACGGGGCGGUGGGAUUCAGGCGUGUGGUCAGUAUCAGCGGCACCAAGCAGGAGGUGGCGUCUGCCAAGGCCCUGGUCGUGGGGAAGAUGGAGGAGGAGGAGAUGUUCCGGGAGCAGCUGGCCUGCUCAGCCGCCGGCAGGAGACACCGCAAGCACCCGGCUGGCCGGCGUAUGGACGGGGAGAUGCCGUCAACAGCACUGGCACCAGGACAGUCACCGGUACUGGCCCCAGCACCGGCAGCCCCGGGCUCGCCCCAGCGUGGAGGGUGGACGCCCGGACACAGCAGGGAGGAGGGGCAGGAGCACAGAACAGAGCCCACCCUCAGGGUGGGAGGCGAAGAGGACACAGACGGAGGGGAGCGAGUUGCCACACAUCAGCACACCAAGUUUGAAAUUCCCAGUCCUGACUUCAGUUUCCUUGCAGACGAACAUCUGGAAGUUUACGUCUCAGCUUCGGAAAACCCCGGCCACUUCUGGAUCCAGAUCCUGGGCUCCAGGUGCCUGCAGCUGGACAACCUCUGCUCCGAGAUGUCCCGCUACUACAGCAACUCCAGCAAAGCGGGUGAGGCGUUCGUCCCAAAGAUGGGGGACAUCGUGGCAGCUCCCUUCCAGAACGACGGUUUCUGGUACCGAGCCUGUGUGUUGGGCUUCCUGCAAAACGGCAACGCUGACCUCUACUAUGUGGAUUACGGAGACAACGGAGAGGCAGCCCUGGCAAACAUACAGGUCCUCAGGAGUGAUUUCCUGAGUCUGCCUUUUCAGGCCGUCGUCGAGUGCAGCAUCGAUGGAAUUCGGCCCGUCGGGGAGAGCUGGUCGGAGGCAGCCAUGAACUGUUUUGAUGGUCUCGCCCACUGUGCAGAGUGGAAGGUGCUGCUGGCUCGGAUCUGUAGCUACCUGCAGAGUGAAGGGGUGACCAGGCCACGGGUUCAGUUGUUCGACCGAAGACAGGGCAAGAGCGUGGAUAUUGGUGAGGAGCUGGUGCGGCAGGGACACGCCGUGCGGUGCCCGCAGGGAGAUGGAGCCACGGUGGCAGACGGAGCCGACACCCACUGGAUGGUGGCACCAACAAACCUGCAGACCCUGCUGAACGAUGUGACUGGGGCCACGGAUGGAUGCGCCGUUUCUGAAGCGACUGCAGGAAGCACAAAGCCACAACUGCCCGAAUCUUGGCAGAGUGUCGCGGGGCACCCUCUGGGCAGCAGCUCAGGAGCCGUCCCGGCUGAUGACGAGUUUCUCUAGGACUGCACCCCGUUUGCUCCAAGGAGUGGCCCGGAGCUGUGAGCCAGGAACUUGCCUGAACGUGCGGAGCAGAGCGGAGCGGGUUCACAGUUACUCUUCUAAAUAGUUUGUUUGAAAAGCCUUAACCCUGUCUGCCCCUUGCAGGGGUGGAGGGGUGAGGAGUCCCCCACAGGGUGGGGUGUCAUGUGUAGGGUCAGGGUCAGCACUGUGGAGGGGGGGGUGGUGAGGGGGGGGGUUGAGCUGUGCUCACAGUAACACCUUCCCCUAGACAUGGAAUUGCCAGGGCAUUCUUGGUUGUUCAAAAUCCCCCUGGGAAUUGUAUUCAUUCAUAGAACACAAAACAGUACAACACAGGAACAGGCCAUUCGGCCCACAAUGUCCGUGCCGUACAUGAAGCCAAGUUAAACUAAUCUCUGCCUGCACGUGAUCUAUAUCUCUCCAUUCCCUGCAUAUCCACGUUGAACAUCACUAUUCUCUAUGUAUCCACUGGCACUGUGUUCCAGCCACCCACCACCCUCUGUGUUAAUGUAAAAUAACUUGUCCCUUUCACCUUAACCCUAUGCCUUCUAGUCUUUGAUAUUUCCACCCCGGGGGGGAGGUUCUGUCCUAUCGAUGCCUCUCACAAUGUUACUGACUUUUAUAUUGUCCCCCUGAAGUCUUUGUACUCCAGAGAAAAGGUCAUGACUGGUAGUAGAAUGAGGCCAUUUGGCCCAUCAAGUCUACUCCGCCAUUCAAUCAUGGCUGAUCUAUCUCCCCAUUCUCCUGCCUUCUCCCCAUAACCCCUGACACCUGUCCGAGUCAAGAAUCUAACUGCCUUAAAAAAAUACUCACUGACUCACAAAAUCUCCCCAGUCGUCUGUGGCAAAGAAUUCCACAGAUUCACCACCCUCUCACUAAAGAAAUUUCUCCUCAUCUCCUUCCUAAAAUAAUGCCCUUUAAUUCUAUACCUAGACUCUCCCACUAGUGGGAACAUCCUCUCCACAUCCACUCUAUCCAAGCCUUUCACUAUCCUGUAUGUUUACAAUCUUGGUUUGUCCAACGUCUCUAGAGCUCAUUGCCUCUAAUCCAGGCAGCAUUCUGGUAAGAAGUCACAAGUAGACAGCAUCUCUGGAGAUCAUAGAUGGGGGGAGAGCAGUGAGAGAGGGUCUCGUAGAACUCCCGUUGGAGGGAGUAGGAGAACUUCAAAGUGGGUAGGAAGGAACUGCAGAUGCCUGUUUAAAUUGAAGAUAGACACAAAAUGUUGGAGUAACUCAGGAGAGAAGGAAUGGGUAACGUUUUGGGUCAAAGAUGGGUCUCGACCGGAAAAGUGUUACUCCAGCAUUUUGUGAUACUUAUUCAAUGUAGGCACAUCUUGAGAUUUGGCAGUGGAGCAGUGAAAUAUGGAUAGGUGAAACUUCUCGUCCUUUUUCACCUCCUGCCUUUGUAACUUACCCACGCAUCUGCCCGUCACCCCCCC